AUGCAACCAACCCCCAAACCCACUGCCCAAGAAAACAACUUCCCAAAUUACCCUUCUUCUUCCCAAUUAAAACUCAAUCCAUUUCCUCCCCUCCCCUCCUCCUCCCUCCUCAUUCGCACCCUCCUCCUCCACGACGCCCUCCUCGGCUCAGUCCGCCUCCUCCCCUCCCCUCCCCUCCUCCAUCGCAUCCUCUGCUCCUCCCCUUCCCCCCUCUUCCCCUCCUCCUCCCUCCUCCGUCGCAUCCUCUCCUCCUCCCCCUUCCCCCUCCUCCUCGACCCCCUCAUCGGCUCCGUCCGCCCCCUUCCCCUCCUCCCUGAACCCCCCUCCCCUCCCCUCCCCUCCUCCGUCGCUGAGGUGGCGAUCCACGAAGCCCUGCUUACUUCCGGGUUCAGGACGACGAGCCCAGACGAAGCUGAUUUCUUCUUUGUUCCCGUUUACGUCUCCUGCAACUUCUCUACCGUUAACGGGUUCCCUUCUUUGGCCCACGCUCGCCCUUUAAUCGCCUCUUCGAUUGCUGAAAUCAAAACCAAGUAUCCGUUUUGGAACCGGACCAACGGCCGAGACCACAUGUUUGUGGCCUCCCAUGAUUACGGCGCUUGCUUUCAUGCAAUGGAGGACGUGGCUAUCGCCGACGGAAUUCCUGAGUUUUUGCGGCGAUCGAUUCUGCUGCAGACGUUCGGGGUGACCUCGCCGCACGUGUGCCAGGAAGCGGAGCACGUGCUGAUACCGCCGUACAUACCGCCGGGGAUUCUCCGAUCUCCGCCUCCGGAGACGGCGAGGAGGGACAUUUUCGUCUUUUUCCGGGGGAAGAUGGAGGUUCAUCCCAAAAACAUCAGCGGACGUUUCUGCAGCAAGUAAUUAAAGAGUCGAUCCUUAAUUAAUGAACUAGUCCAUGUAAAUUUUCAUAAAAGCCCUUCCUAAUUUAAGCAGGGCUUCGUGGCUCGUCGUACCUGUGUAUCUUCCCAAAUUACU